AGACUGACCAACCGUCAAGAUCCAUCAAAGGUUUCGUUCCAUAUUUGUCUGUCAAUCAGCAGUCGGUUUCGGGCGAGAGUCUAUGGAAAUGUGUGCGCAUUCAAUUAGAAUUCUGGUAUCAUGUCUUUAAAGAAGGAAACUCCAUCCGAUCAACAGCUGCAUCUUGCAGCCCUUCAGGGAAACAUAGAACAACUUCGUAAAGUAUUGGAUAGUGGCCGAGUCCAUGUAGAUUGUAAAGACAAGGAGGGAACUACUCCGCUCAUCCUGUCAGCAGCUAACAAUCACUUAGAGUGUGUGAAGGAACUACUGAAACAAGGAGCAGACCCAUCAGCACGCAGACUGACCGGUACCUGUGCACUGUUCUUUGCUAGUCAGGGUGGAUUUUUGGAUAUUGUUAAAGUUCUUAUUGAGUAUGGAGCAGAGAUUGAUCUUCCUAGUUUUGAUGGAGGUACUCCCCUGUUUGUUGCCUGUCAGUGUAACCAUAUUGAUGUUGUUGAUGAGUUAUUAGCCCGGGGAGCAGACAUUCAUGCCCAAAUGAUAGAUGGUGCAACACCACUGUUUAUUGCAGCACAGAAUGGACAUCUCAAGUUGCUCAACUAUUUACUGUCGAAAGGAGCAGAUUUCAGUAUAACAAGAAAGGACAAAGCCACUCCACUUUGGAUAGCUGCUCAGAUGGGACACUCCCAGGUUGUGAAGGCCUUGUUGGAGGCGGGGGCUGAGGUUGAUGCUGUCAGAGAAGAUGGAGCAACUCCAUUGUUUAAAGCUUGCCACAAAGGUCACCUUGAUGUCGCAGAAGAACUUCUUAACCAUAAUGCAUGUAUUACACUUUUACAGAAUGGGGAAACCCCUCUACAUGCUGCUGCUUUGUUUGGGCACAGCAAAUUGAUCAGGUUGUUACUCUCAAGAGGUGUUGACGCUUCACUGAGAAACAAGGAGGGACAGACAGCAGCUGAGUUGGCCAUAGAGGCAGGCUAUGAUUUUAUUGCCAAGUUGAUAGAGAACUUUAGACCUUCAGUGGAAACAAAUUGUCAAAUGAAAACCGAAGUUACCCUCUCAGUGGGAUCAUAGUGCAAAACCUGUUCCAUGGAAUGUGGAAUACAUUACUGGGUAUAGAUGUAUAAUUUUACAGGUGCAGAUAUGCAACCACAAUGUUAGUAGUCCAGGUUGCCCACUUAUUUAUGUUGAUUGGUUUUUAAUAGCUAUACUCUAUUAUUUUCGUUUGAAUCUUUUUAAAAAGAUUUUAUUAUGUUUUAAAAAGAUUUCUCAAAUUUGAAGGUGCAUAAAUUUCAUUAUCAAGUUGUGUGAAUCCACAAAAGUAAUAUUAAAAAUUACUUACAAUCAAAGUAUUGACCGAUUAACAACCUCAAGAUUAGCAAUGUCUCUGAAUAAUAAUUAUAAUAUAUUGGAAAAUAUAUAUAUAUAUAUAUAUAUAUAUAUAUACAGUCAAACCCGCUUAUUUGCAUACCCUCGGUGCUGCUCGAUUUUGUGCAAUUAACCGGGUUA